AUGUCUGGAAAAUACGCGGCUCACCCCGACCCUCAGUGGGAGAUAAUCGGUAGAAGAGGGCACUGGCAGGUCCUCCCAAUCAAGCCCUACAGUGAUGGAGAUCAACGAACCUGGCCUCCCAAACCCUAUCGGCCCAGUUCUGAAGAACGGCACUUGGUCAAUCUGGCAAAAGUAUGGUCAGAGAAGAUGGGUAUUCAACGACUAGGUUUUGAGUACUAUCUCGACAAACUUCCUCUUGGCUACGCCGUGUUCGAGAUCGAUCAACACGGCAAAACAGGCGUAGCCUAUAAGCGACUCUUUGGCCACCGGUCUGGCAAGUACUACGACUCGAUUCUUCGGUUUCAACCACAUUUCCUUUGGUUGAUGUCGGGAAUGCAGGGCAUUUGUGAAUGCAUACUCUGCGGCAAUCACAAAGCAGAACCGAUUAAGCGUCGAAUUCGCCACCCUGCGGAAAGCAUUCUAGUUACGAGGGAACAGCGAGCGACGCUUGAUCCUUUCAAAAGUGAACCAUCGUCGAGGUCAGAUUCCGUUGCUAGUCGCGCGACCGGGGCAAUUUCAGCGCGUCCGCAACGCCAUAUCAAAGCUGUGGGAGCCCCCUAUGCCCUGGACGCAGAAGGUACGGAAGAUGUGUUCAAAGACCAGUUGAAGAGGCUGGAGGCCAACAAGGGAGGCAAAACGGGAAUCGAGGACGACAUCAGGGAACCCAAUUCUAUCGAUUGGAGAGCUGAGCACUCCUGGACCACUCAAAGUGUUCAUGAUUGGCCCGGUGUCGACCACGUUCAGCGGAGUUUGACUUUGAUCGAACAUCAACACGCCUUUGUGCCUAGAGUUGGGGAAUUGGUGUUAUUCUGUCCAAUAUUUCUUCACGAACACUACCUCAUGCUCGACGAGAAGACACAGGAAUACAAGUUCUACUCCUUUGAGCAGAAAUGCUUUCAUGGCUCGCCAGUCUGGAGAGGAGGAGUCAUUGCGGCUGUGCCGUCUGCUAUUGCAACUGAUGGGCCCGUCGACUUCCCUGAUAUCCAAGACCUUCCCUCGAAGCAGACCAAUCUGAACACUGGAGGCUUCCGAGUGGAAACAUUUCCAGAUCCCAAUGAUGAGGAAGAUAAAUCAAUGUCUAAACAAUACCGGUAUCUUCCUUUGCGGAAUAUCCGACCCUUGAGUCACUGGCAGAUGUUGCUCCGUGGUAUUCCCAGAACAGAAUGGCACCCAUCAAUUGAAUACGCUCUGACUUGUAUGACCAGUAUCUCGCUUCUGGAGAAAUGGUAUUUCAAGGGGGACUGGCCUUACGCCACCAUUCGAUGCAAAGGCAUCUACAUAGGGCCCGAGCUCAUCACGGUUGGCGACGCCGUCAGGAUCGCACCACGGCAAAAGGCCAAAGGAUGCAGUGAUGUGCUGGUUGUUGAAUCGAUCAGACUCCAUCUUGACGAUAUCAAACCGGAGCACGUGUCUCCGGACUCGCCAUUGCUGUCGACGAGGUCAUACAUAACGCUCGUUGGCAGAGGCUACACAACUGACAGAAGCCGUCAUUACCAGCUCCAAGCCGCCGAUGCCAACUCACAACCAAGUGGUGCCCAGGCGGUGCCUCAAGACGAGGUCAAGACAGUAUUUCGCCCCGUUGGCUCGGCAAUCUAUGGUCACUGGUACCCCUUACACGCACCUCAUCAUCGGUAUGAGAUAUCGCACGACCAAAUCCUCGGAAGACUGUACGAAGCAGCAGCUGUGCAGCUGUGGACGGGUUUGCUGCAGCGCAAACGUGCCAACGGCGACAAAGAUGACAUCAAACCAUCGCUUGAUUACGACUUGAAAGGCAUCCAAGAAGGUCGCGUCUACGCUACACAAGCGGAUGAAAGAUUGGCCGAGGCAAAAGAGGGCUCAGUGCUGUGGUACUGGGCCGACACUCGAGCCGAAGCAUUAGAUCUGCAAACAGUGAACGGACUCGAAGUCGGCAAAUACGACAAGACCCGAGACAAGGACACGUUGGAGCUUUGGAGGACGCAUCUGAAAAUCCUCAACGGCCAGCAAUUUUCGCUUGACACGAUUGCCUCGCAAUACACCUCCAACUUCCCCGAUUCCGAGCAGUCUGGAAAUAGACGAGGAAGGCCAACAGGCUCAAAAGUCAUUGAGGGCAAGCUAUAUAAGCCUGGGGAUCCUGGAUAUGACGAUAUUAUUGGCGGAGCUGUUUUGGAGCUCCAGUCAACUCCAAGCAAGCAUAAAGGCAGCCAAUUGGCAGGCGCAGCGCUUGUGUCCACAGACGAAGAAGAUGAUGAUGAAGAAGUCUCGGGGGAUGGUGGCGAGGAUUGGUAUGAUACAGUAGAAGCCUCGGCAGAGAGUCAGACGAUCGAAGAAGGAAGGUCUGUGCCAAAUCAGAAGAAGCCGAAGACAAAGGCGGAGAUCAUGGCCAGCGCGGUUGAGGACGAAGAUAUCUCCGAGGACGAAGACUGGUACAACGACCACAUUCCGCUAGUUCGAGGAGGAACAGAAGAGACAGAAGGCGGCGAUUACGAUCCUAGAGCCGAGAUGGAUGAUUAG